AUGAAAGCUCUUUUUCUGAAAGGAAAUUGGGCUGGAAGAAAAGGUACUUUAAAGAGGUCGAUAUUUAACUUCUCUAUUAGUAUUCUAAAUAAAUAGGAAAAACAAAAAAAUUAAUACAAUAUUAAACAUGUAUAAUCAAAGAAAAUAUAAAAACAUAUUAUGUAAUUAUUUUACUAUAAUAUGAAAUAUUAUACAUUAUUGACAUAGCAACACUGUCAGCCGAACUCCACUUAACAUUGGUUUUUCGUUAGAAAUGGUUUACCGUUGCAUACAUUAAUUACCUAUAACAGUGACUACACCCGUCCCCAUUAUUCUAGAAUAGAUUUUUACCAUUUAGUUUAGAGAUUUAAUUUGUUUUUUUUACAGCAAUUUAAUUUUUUUUUUUGGCAACGAAAUUUGUAUCCAUACAAAAUAUAGAUUAAUUUUUUUAACUUGAAAUUAUCGAUUUCAUUUUAGAUUUUAUUUAUCAUUUACGAUUUAAAAGCACGCCAACACGAUCAACUACUAUAAGAAUUAUACAAGUUGUAACUUGUAAGUUGUGCCUUCUCAAAAGAACCUAUUUUAGAGCCAGCAACUUUAUCUAACGGCUAGGCCAAUCAAGAUCAACUAGGUGACAACAUAUUUUCACUGGACAACAUUUGUGUCACUUAGUCUACUAGUUUAAAAAAUGCUCUGUGUCCACGGACACAGAACGGACACAAUUCGUAUACCUAGUAGUUUGUCGGAUUUUUUAUUUUUGGGACAUAAUUUGUGUGCAGCUCUAGGUAUUGUUGGUAUAAUAUUAGGUUAAGAUUUUUAUUUUAUUUUAUUUUAGUUAUAAAAUGGAGUAUAAAAAAUAAAAAAACAAGAACAAAAUUUUAUAAUUUGUUCUAAAAGAAUAAAUUUGUUUUAAUAAUUUGUUAAGCAGGUGCUGUAGAUAAUUUAAAUAUUUAAGACUAUAGGUGUAGUUAGUGAAUAAAGACAUAUUAUGUGUGUUACAUUUUUUAACCUAUAAAUAAAAUACCAUGUAUUAUGUAUAUUUAUCAAACUUAGGCAGGUAAUAAAUAAUAAUAUGUUAAUACAUUUUUUUUUUUUUAUAUUUAAUACAUUUAUUUGGUUUUAUAAUUUAUUUUAUACAGAAUACAGUGGUAAGAAACUUAUUUUAACAGUUUUUCUGAAAUACUGAUAAUUAUGAUUUAAUAUAACUACUCGUACCUUUAUAAAUAUAUUUAAUUUUCUAAAAAUAGUUCCACUAUAUACCUAUUUUAACAUAAUAUUUUAUCACUGAGAUCACUUAUAUAACAGAACUUUCCUGGCUCACAAUGAUUGUUUUCAAAUCAAAUUUUAAAACACAAUUAACAUUUACAUAUAAUUUAUGGUUAUUAUUAUAUUAGUUUACAGAAUCUUUAAUUUCCAAUUUAUAUUGUAUGAUUUUAGGUCAUAAAUAGAUUACUAAAGAAUCACAAUUAAAAAAAUACCAAUUUGUAUUUAUUAAUAAUUAAAAAAUAACCACCAGCUAAGAUAUUUAACAAUUAAGUUUGAAAUAUCAAAUACCUAAAAGUUUAUUAAUCUCAGUGUUCUACUUUAAAAAUAUCUGAAAACAAAAUACAUAUGUUUUUGAAAUAUUAUAACUGAUAGUAUAAUAAGUUUCCAAUUAAUCUUAAUUUUUUGAUAAUAGGUAAAUUGUAAAAAUAUUUUAAUAUAUUUGUUGAAGUUUUGACCUAAAAUUUUUCGAUUUCACCACUGAGUGUUGAGUUUUCUUCUCGGGAAUUUUGUGACCAAGUAAUAGAACUAGAUAAAUUAUCAUAAAUUUGACUAUCUUCUAUAUCAUCAUUUUUAUGAUUAUGUUACUCUUAACAGGCAUUUUUUGUUUUAAAUAUUCAGAGGCCAAUUGUUUUAAAUUCUGAAUGGAAUGAAGAACCUUAUAGUUUUACAAAGAUGUUUAUUUUUUUUUUUUAUUUGUGCAUAAUUUUUCUAUCCGAAAACUUUGUCGGAUAUUUAAGUGUAUCACCUUUUCAGAGAGGAAAUCGGUGUGAGGAGGUACUUUAGAGAGGGUAUUUUUUAUUUACUCAAGAGUUUUCCCAUAAAAUAUGAAAAAUCUGGAGAAAACAUAGGAAAACCGGGAAAAUCGUAGGAAAACUAGGAAAAUUGGUACGACAUAAACAAAUUUUCUUAAAGAAAAUAUAUAAAGCCUAUUUAAUUAUUUUACUAAAAAAUGACUUAUGUAUUGCUGACAAAACAACACUAUCAACUGAACUCCGCUCAGAAUGAUUUUUUCGUAAGCAAUGGUUUAUCUUUGCUUACAAAUAUACAUCAAAUUCCUGUCUAUAUUCUACCUUCCCAACUUAUACUUAUAUUAGUGGCUGCACCCAUCUCCAUUACCUUACCUUUCUUUUUUUGUAUUUUUUUUUUUAAAUCGUGCCGUUUUAAAUAGUGGGUUGUAGACAGUAGCAGUCAUUAAACAUUUGUUUAUCAAAUAAUCGAAAAACCUUGUUUCUAUGCCUAAAAAAAUAAGUACGAAAAUAUAGUAGCAGUACCUAGCUAAAUAAGAUUAAUGUAUUUAAUGGUUAUUGUAAUGUCUUUGGAAUCAUGUUAAAGUUACGUCAUCGAUAUGUGUGAUAACAAUUAUACAUAUUUGAGACACAUUAGUACUAUAAUGGUUGCCUAUGUAAAAUAUCGUAUAAUAAAAGUAAAAGUUCUCUUGUCUGAAUAAAGUGUUUUCUUACAAUGUUUUGUACUUAGUUGCAUCUAAAAAGUGUUAUCCGUAAAAAUAUUACAAUUAUAAAAUAACAAUAAUUAUCACAUAUCAUUGAGUAUGGCAGUCACUAGAGGUUGCAUAUAUUUAGGAACUAUUUGAUCACUUGCCAUUGCUUCAUAUUUUUAAAUUAAUCCUUCAAUUGUAAACAAGAUAUGUCCAAAAUACACGUUAGUCUCACUUUGGAAUAAGUUCAAGCUUACUGAAAUCAACACCAUAAUUUUUUGAUGUUGACACAAAAAAUCAAUAUCACUUCUAAUCAAUUUGAAAAUAUUAUUUAUAACGAAACAUAGAUAAUUAAAUAUUAAUAAAUUAUUAAUUUUUAGGACUUACGAUUUACUUUACAAUAGCAAAUUCAUCCAUUAUAAUUCUAAAUUUAGGUUUAAUAAAUCAGCUGACAUAGUUGAGUAUUUAUGGAAUAAAUAUGGUAAACUUGACAAAAGUAUUUCUUGAUUGUUUUUUAUAAGCAGGAUUAGACAAAGAAAAAUUAUUUAUUUUGUAUUUAAUUUGUACAAAUAUGUAAUAUUUAAUAAACAAUUAAACAAAUAUAAUUUAUUGAUAUUUAAGAUUGAAAUUUAGGUAUGAUAAUAGAUAAAUAUUUAAUGUCGAACAUAUUCAUACUAGGAGCGUCAUUUCAGUUUUUCAUAGGGUUGAGCAACAUUUUUAAUUGCCCAAUGUUAAUUUACAAAUAUAAAUAUAUUUUCCAAAACACUUAGAUAGAUGAAAAAAAUAACACAAAUAUUAUAAACCUUCACUAUUUUCCUUGGUAGUCAGUUCAGACAAUUCAUUAUUAGUAAAAGUAAGUGUUUGCAUAAAAAAACAGAUAAUUUAGAUAAAUUUAGAACCGAAGAAAUAAAAAAAAAUUCAUCAAUAAAAUAGUAUUCAAUAGUAAACAAAGGGUUUAACAUUCCGUUCAAAUGCUACUAAUAUAAAAGCAAUUGAAAAAGUCAAUAUUUAAAAAAGUAUUUGAAUAUUUUUACCCAAAUAUUUUUAAAUCUGAGUAUAGCUUUGUAGAUAUGCUUUAGUACUGCACGAUUAAAUUGGAAGUUUUAAUUUUUUUUUUUUAGGGUUGCCAAAUUCCAAUGAUACUUUCGAAAGUUAUUCAAUUAGAAGAAAAAUAUAUUUAAGUAAGUUUCGUGGUUUUCUUUAAGUUAAUUAAAUAGGUAUUUAUUAAUCUCAACAAAUUAAUUUGAAUACAUUGUAGUCAAAUUUAGAAUGAUUUGAUAAACCUACUUAUUAAAUAGAUACAACAUAUUAUUACUUUUAGUAACAUUAAAUUAUUUGUUUUAUUAUAAUUUAUAAUAUAAUAUAACCUAUAAUAACUAUAAAUAAUCCGGUCAUGGACGUAACUUGGGCAAUCCGUAUGGGGGGAAGCAGAGUUUAUUUCAUCAUUGUUAACUCAAAAGCUUUAGAAUAUAUUUAGAAAACAUAUGAUUAAUAAUUAUAUUAAUAAUGUUAUUACAAAUUACAUAACGAGUCAAUUAUUAAAUUAAAUGUAAAUAUUUAUGUUAAUUGUAUUUUUCUUCCUCUUUCUUUUAAGCCUAUAUUAAAUUGGUUUACAAUUAUUUCAAAAUUAAUUUUAUAACUUGUUUUAAUGUGUAUAAAAUAGCCAUAUUGCUAAGUAUUUGACCAAUACUGUUUCUCGUAAAUGUUUUGAGGCGAUGAAGAGAUAAAAAUAAACAUUCACUCGAAGCAGAACUCAUUGGUAUUGAUAGAAAAAUGUGAUAAAUAGUAUACGAGGUGUGGUUAUUAAAUAACGAGACUGGUUACGAAAAAGUGUUUUAUUAUACAAAUUAUUCUACAUUCAAAUGCUCCCCUUCAAUAUACUCCCCUCCCCUCGCCACACACCGUUUCAUUCGUUUCUUACAUUGCUCGAGGCAGUGCUGGAAGUCUGUUUUCGUAAGACCAUUCAGGAGUUCCGCCGAUUUUUGUUUCACCUCUUCCAUCUACUCAAACCGGAUUACUUUUAAGGCAGACUUUAUCUUCGGAAACAAGUAAAAGUCAUAGGGUGCCAAGUCGGGUGAGUAAGACGCGUGUUCGAGUACUGGAGUGCCUUAAGCGGCCAAAUAACGCUUCACAGACAGCGCGUUAUGGGCAGGUGCAAGAUCCACUACUUGUUUUUCCACAAUAUCGACCGUUUCUUACGAACUCAUUCGCGCAAUGUUGCCAAAACUGUCAAAUAGUAAUGUUGGUUCACAGUUUGACCCUCUGGAACCCAUUCAGUCAUCACGAUGCCGUUGAUAUCGAAGAAAACAAUCAGCAUGGUUUUGAAUUUGGAUUACGACUGAAUUGGAUUCCGGUGCACUCUCGACCUUCAGAAAAUAAUUUAUGCCACUCAAAAACACGCGCCCGAGAUAGGAAAUCCUCACUAUAGACCUCUUUUAACAACUUAUAGCACUCAGUUGGAGUUUUUUUCAAUUUAACGAGAAAAUUUUACGUUUAUCCGUUGCUCAUGUUUUUCGUCACACAUGGUUUUCGGCACGAGAAAAAAACACGUUCGUUUCAAACCACUACUGCACAAAUACUAUAAUAGUGACGAAAACGUGUUUUGGUACGUGCAUAGAUAAGAUAUCUAGAUACCCAACGCAUUACUCGGUUUUUUCACUACCCAUUUAGGGCGCCCUCUAGGCGAGAAGUCUCGUUAUUUAAUAGCCACCUCUCGUACAUAUUGUCAAACGACCCUAGUAAAUCUAUUUCCAUAUGAAAAUUGAAAUGGGCUCCAAAAUUUUCAAGAAUUUGUUAAACACAUUUUUCCAGAUAGUUUUAAUUCUGCCUAUAAAUCAUUCUAUUCAAUAUUAAAGAUGUUGUAAACGUACAAAAUAUCUUCGUCCCUGUUAUUUCUUAUACUUAAAAAAUUUCAAAGAGCAUUAAGUAUUUUCAAGUGGUUUUCUUCAAAUUUUAUUUGUAGGUAUGUCAUUUAUAAUUAAACCCAAUAUAGUAAAAAUAAAUAACAGUUUUGUAAUAUGUUGUAACUUUUCUCGCAAUUAAAAUUUCACCUCCACCUAAUCUUGUAGAUAUAUUUCUGAUUUUCGGGAUAACAGGAAGCUAGCUGUUCUGUUUCAACCCAAAACAAUCAUCACUUCAAAGAAAUUGUUAUUUCAUUAUAGAAGCAUUUGUUAAUAUUGAAAUAGUUAAGCAGUUAACAUUUUUUUUUUUUUUUGAAAAUGUUAUAAUAAGCUGUCGGUUAAUUCAUAAACUAACUUUAUUAAUUUAAACAAAAAGAAAACUAAAAGUUUUAAAUAUUCACUAAUAUUGAAUUGGCAUCAGGUCCAUGAGUAGAGUCUGUUUCAUUUAUUUUUUCUAAGGUUCAAACAAUAGAAUUACAAUUGUUUAUCACAGACCAAAUAACUUCUAUUCGACAAUUCCGCCUAGUAUCACUAAGUGAUUUUAAAGUACUGGUGGAUAAUUUUAAUUCCUUUUGUAUAUUUUUAAAUACCGAAUAUCUUUUUGAAGAAGAUCCUAUGAAUGUAUAAAUCUUAUUUAUAGUACCAAAUAUAUUGCGAGUUAGUACUACUUUCCCCCUGAUAUCAACUAAUUUAGCACAUCAGUAUAUCAAUGUACUUAUAGAGCUAGUUUAUUUUCAUCUUUAAUCCUUGUAGCAACUCCUUAAUAUAAACUACUUAUCGAGGCGUCGCCGUUGUAGCAUUGACCUAUAAUAUUUUCAAUUUCUAGGUCUAAUGUUAACAAAGUAUGUUUAAGUAAAUUUGAAGGAGAUUCUUCAUCCAUUUUAAUUGUUCUAAAAAUAGAGAGAGACACGUGAUUUACGUCCGUAUUAUCAACAAUAUUGACACUCGGUCAGGUAGGAGUUAUGAAAAAGUGUCUACCUGGUUGGUUAAUAAAUGAUAAUACUAUAAUCUAAUUAUCAUUUUCGAUUUUGUCGGAUCACGACGCACUUUCUUGUUGGGAAACCGUAGACACCUCAAGAGGAGGCAUUACCCCGUUUAAUUUUGGUAGAGGGGCAGUUGCCCCUCUUUGCCCCUCUAGUUUACGCCUAUGAAUCUGGUACCUAAUGAGUGAAAUAAAAUUAAAAAUUUGUUUAUGUAUUAACAGACGCUCUCGGUAAGUAAAUUCUUAGUGACAUAUGUAUACCUACCUAGUUUAGCUUUAAAUAAUAUAGGUAGAUAUACGUAUAUAUCUAUCAAUAGUGAUGCAGAUACAAUUUUUUUCUGGGUUAUAGUAUAUUUAUAAUUAUAAGUUAAUGAUUGUAUAGUACUAUUAUACUAAAAAAUUGCGAAAAUAUACCGUGAAAGAGGCUAAUAUUAUGUAGUGUAAAAAAAACAUUAAAUUACACUAAACAGUAGUAUAAACAAAAAUAAAUAAUAAAACUCUACCACAAAAUAAUUGAACCAUUAUUUUAUUAGAAAAAAUGAAAAUAAUUAUGUUUUCAGACUAUCAAGCUAACUUUUUAUUUUAUCACUUUUAAAAUUUUUCAAAAUAGUAAUUUUGUAAAAAAUAUUAUUUUAAAAAAUUGAAUGUAACAAUAAUAACAUACAGACAUAUCUGAUCAAUGGUUUCUUAGUAAAAGCUGUUUUAAUUUCUAGAUAAUUGUUUUCAUGCAAAUUUUCUGUAUUUGAUUUUUUUUUUUUAGUGAUUUAGGGAUGAAAAUAAAAAUUUGAUUUUCCUUUACUCGCGUGUCCCCUUACAUAAAACCCGAUUGAAUAAUAAAUAAUGACAGAGUUAUUAGCAUAAAAAGGACCAUACACCUACAAACAUUUCAUGCAAACUAACAUUGUACAAAAUCUCGCUAUACAAACAUGAUUGCCUUUACAUUAUAUAAACAUUAGCGCGAACACAAUGUUGUGCAAACUAACUAUUUAACUUAAUUAACUAAUUAACUAAUUAAUAAAAAAAUAAGAAGAGAGUAUGGUCAAAAGAGGGUUUUUUUUAAAAAAAAAUGUUAAUCUAAUGAGAGCUUUAUAAAUUCUAAAGCCCAAAUUUUUGCUAAAACUUCAUCACUAUUAAUUUUUUUUUAAGAACGUUUGCCUUGUCUAAUACUGACAUCAACAAAUUGCUCAAUUUUAACCGCUGUGGUAAAAGUAAUAAAAAAACGUUCUGGUUUUUUUUUAAAUUAUUUUUUUGAAAAUAGUAUGCCUAUUUUUUUUGUCAAAAUAUCUGACGAAAUGCUGCUGCAGUUGUAACACUACAAAGAAAAAUUCUUGUGAAAAAGUAAACAAAUAAUUCAAAAUUCUAUUUUUUUUUUUACAUUUUAUUAAUUAAUUUAAAUUUGUUUUCGAUCUUAUCUUCCAUUUAGCGAUGGAUAAUAAUAAAGUUAUACAAGGUAAAAUUGGUUCAAAUGCCAGAAGAUACGAUACGAAAAUUCAGGCAAAUUAUAUUCAAAGAACUGGGAAUAGGUUAGAAAAUAGUUCCGAAAACUAUUGUCGAAUAUAGUAAUAAUAAAAGAGUAACUUUGCCAUGUAAAAAACGGAUAAGGCUCUCGUUCUCAAAUACUUUUGACGAUUUUCACCGGAAUGCGAUACGUAGACAUGUACAUUAAUUUUGAUUUAAAAAACAGAUCUCUACAGUCGACAAAAUAUAUAUUGUUUUUAGUAAUGAUGAUACUAUUCCACUAAUUUCAAGAACAAAUUUAUUUAGAAUUCUAAAAUUGAUGGAUUUCGAGUACACUAAAGCGUUGUGGCGAAAAAAAUAUUUGGAAGAUUUGAAAAAAUAUCGCAAAGAGAGACGGCACGCUAAUUACUUAGAUGAGAUAAAGGUCAAUGCGUACGAGUGCACAAACAAAACAUGGGUCAACCAAACUUCACCGUGACACAUUCCUACGAGGUUUAACGACGGGUUCCAAAAAUCCAUCAGGUAAAGGGAGGGUUCUCUACAUUGGGUCUGAAGACGGCUUCCUGUUAGGUGGUUUAAUAUGUUUUGAAUCGAAAAAAAUUGCAUUGAUUAUCACGAUGAAAUGAACGGAGAUACAUUUUAUGAAUGAAUGGAAAGUAUUUUACCACGUUUGAAAUAAAAUUGUAUUAUUGUUAUGGACAAUGCUUCUUACCAUUCUGUUAACAGAGACUUUAAAGUCUACCCUAGAAGGUAAAGGCCAAGUAAUGGCCAUGGUUAUAUCACACAUUUUGGCUAUAGUGAAUCAAAUAAAAUCACUUUACUUAAUAUAAAAUUGGCGAGCUUGCAAAAGAAAAUGGACGCACAAUCCUCAGGUUACCUCCAUACCAUUGUGAACUAACCCCCCUUGAGUUGGUGUGGUCUUUAGUAAAAAAUCACGUCAAACAAAAGAACGAUACGUGCAAAUUAGACGACGUCAAAGUAUUAUUGAAUGAAGACACCAAGAGUGUGAAUUCGGAAAUGUGGACAAAUUUCAUAACCCACACUAAAAAAGAAGAAGGCAAAUUUUGGAAAAUUGAUUUCAUUGUUGAUGACAUGCUGACCACAAAAACUCAACAAGUAUCUUUUAAUUGAUUUCAAAAAUGUUGGAUUUUUGUAAUAUAUUGGUGAUUUAAAAAAAAAAAGUAAAUAUGACAUAAUUUUUUGUAAAUAAAUCUGCUAAAAUAUUCUUCUCUAAACAUGUUGUUUAAAUUCUAUUUUCAACCUAAAAGCUACAUAUAUCUGUUUUAAGUUGUGUAAUUUUGCAGUGUUGCUCGUUAGUUUAAUAGUUGGUAUAAUAUACGCGUAUAUUACCAUGAUUUGUUUGACUAUAGGUAUUGUAGAUAUUAUGACUCGCUGUAUACAUGGCGGCGGCAAUGACGACAACGCGCUCGGCAUACGGUAUUGUACGGCUACAGUGUAUGAUCGGCGCUCAGUCGCGUAUGCGCGAACCGGUGUACUCUUAAUCGGAAUAGAAUUUAGGAUCUAAACUCCGUUCCAAAUAACAACGCACCGAGCGGUGGAAUAAUUUUAUGAAAUAGACUGUACUUGAAAAAUAUACUUAAAUAUCGUGAAGAAGGUUCGUUAAAUAAAUAAAUAAAAUUAUUAAAAUAAUAAACUUUUCUUUAAAAAUAUAGAUACCUACCUAAUUAUUCCAAAUUAUUUAUAAAGCUUAAUUGCGCCAUAGAUAUUAGGUGUACUGCUUAUAUGUAGUUAUAUAUAGGUUUACAAGUAAUGAGGCCUAAAUUACUACCUACAUACAUUCAUAAAUACCUAUGAAGUAAUAUUAUUGUUUAGUAAUGAAUAUCUAUAAUUAUUAUUGUAUUAAAUUUUUUUUUUUUUUUUACGAAUAAAUACAAAUUAAGGAGAAAGUUUUUCACACAUAUCAUCGGCUCCUCUUGGUAAGUUAUGAAGUUAUUAGUAUACUCCAUCAACUCGGGGGCUAUGCCGUCUUAUAUGAAAAAAAAAUAGGGGUUACGAUUCGUAAAAGAUUGUAACACUGAUAUAUACAAUACCUAAUCGCAUUGUUGUUAUAUUUUUUUUUCUUCUCAGUCUCAUUGAUUCUAACUGCUCUGUAACUACUUAAAAUUAGGUACCAUUUCUAAAGUUUUCUGAAUGUACCAAAUGAAAUAUGUAUCUAUAAGGCCUAACUAUUUUAUUAGGUAACAAUGUAUUUUACCUUUGGUAGAUGGAGCACUGAAAGCACUAAAUUAUAUAUUAAUAAAUUUACCUAAGGUUAUAAUUUAUUAUUUUACUAUUUUAUUAAGAAAAUAUUUCAUCAGUUUUUAAAAUAAAUGAUUUAUUAUAAUUAAGUAUUAGGUAUUAUUUUUUAAUAUUGUAUAAUAUAUAGUUACUUGUAGAUUAUAAUAUUUAUUUUCAGGUCUUAUAUCCCCGGAAAAAUUCAAUGAACUACGAGAAGGUAGGCUCAUUUAACUAAUAUUAUUUCGUAAAAUAGAUAAAUAUUAAUAUUUAGUUACCUACCUACUAAAAUCACGAUUAUAAAUUUAUAACUAAGUACUAGUAAAAUGGGGUGAAUAUAAACACUUUUGAACUUUGAAGUAUCAUAAGAACUACUCUAUUUAGGUUACAUUGUUAAUUAAUACAUUAUAAUUUGGGUCGCUUUGAGUAUUUUAAAUGUGUGUAUUCAAAAUAAUUUUUUUUAAAACAGCUUAUUUAUAUAUGUUUUUUAAAUGCUUUGUUUAUAUUUCCCUGGAGAAUGGUAUCAAUAGAAAUAUUUAUGAUUUUGUUUAUACAUUUUUAUAUUUUACUAACUUGAAUGUUGAAUAGAAAUACAAUUUGAUAUUUUAAAAAAAUUGUACAAAUUGUAAUAAAAAAUGUUUAUAUUAGAAUAUAACAACAUUUUUAUCACGUUAUUAAAAUAAAAUAAAUUAUAAUCACACCUUUUAAUACCAUUUUAGAUUCCAAGCGUGUUGAGGGAGCUAUUGGUUUUACAAUGAUGUUUAAUAUUUUGUUUUUUUUAUUGUUUUAGUCUGUGGAUACGUUUUUUUCCUAAUAAACUUGCUUAAGUCCUUUGAUUUAAAAAAAUGGCGUCAGAAAUCUAAAAUAUAAUAAAGAUAAAUUGAACUUUCAGAAAAAGAGUUACACUUAAACAGAUCAUAACUUAAUCGGAGCAAAUUAUGAUUAAGUUAUUGCAUUAAGCAUUUUGAAAUUAAAUUUAAACGAAAAUUGCAAAAAAAAUUAUGGCACUUCAAAUUUUGUAUUACCGAACUGCGCUCGAAAUCAUCGUUCGUCAAACAAUGGUUUAUCGUUAUUUACAGUUGUAAAUGCAAUAACCUUUUGAAUCCUACCUUCCCAACUUAUCACUAUAAUUUCCAGUCUGGAUAAAGUUUUUUUUUUAAAAAAAAUGAAAUAUAUAACUAAUAAAUCUCUUAAUAAAGUUAAAUGGUAAAUGUCACAACAUUUAUUUUAUGCAUAUAUAUAUAUAUAUAUAUAUACAACAUAUGGAGGUAGAAGUUCUCUAUUACCUGCAGCAGCAAACAUUACUGAUGUAGAAGCUUUACAGCUAUUCAUGACCCGUUCAUGAUAUUUUGAAUCACGCUUUGAAAUAACUUUAAGUCAUCCAUGAUCAUCUCUUAAGUUAGUUUCAUAAUAUUUUAUUACAUGAUUAAAAGGAAUGCCAUUUAGAGAUUUGGCAAGAUUUUCAAAUUAAUUAUCUAAAGUUCCUCUAUAAAUAGCUGCUCUCGAGUGUUUGAUAUUUUCACACGCAAUACAACAAAAUGUAUAAAAUACAAGAUUAAACGAUCAAUAAUGAAUUUAAAAUCAUUAUACUUACAAAUUCCGAAAACUGACAACAAUUUUAUGCUAAUAAAAUGUUUAAAAAGAAAGACAGAAAAUAUUUACAUUAUUUACGACGAUUUAGUAAUUUGGUUUUUUUUUUCUUGAUAGAAAAGAGCAUAUGUUUAUUAUCAAUUUUAAGCGCAUGGAGGUAAAAAUAAACGUAACGUUUUGAAUUCAUCGAAUUUGUUACUGAUGUUUAUUCAAUUUAGUGAAGGUUUCAUAUUGAUAACAUGAAAACUUGAUUGUGGGGAUAUCGAUGUAAUAACUUCCCUGAUUUUGUUUCCAUUCACACCGUGUUAAAUAUAACUAGUGCAAUUUUUUCUUUUAUCACGGUUAGCGUGAUAUCGCGUGUCCGUGAUUAAGACAACUGUUGAUUUAUAAUGGUAUUGUUAGAUUAGUUACGGUUAGGUACUGCAUGACCACCUUACUGUAAACUACCUGGUUAGAUUGAUCCAAGUAUUUUUGGAAUUAAGACACCAUUUUUUAACAGUAGAUUUGUUUCUACUGCGAUGCCCUCUUAAUGACCAUAGAUCAUUUGCGCAUCUUUAUUGUUGAUUCUGCCUUUUUUGUAAGAUAGUUGAGUAUUGUUCGAUUUUUGGGUUAUGUAUCAUUUGCAUACCUAUCAAAUAUACACCUUACAUCAAAAGAUCGUACAUCAUUUGUACAUCAGCAUAUAGAAUUGAAAAAAUAAACAGAAGAACCCCCAAAAAAAAUUUGAUUUCUAAUUUUCCAACACACCAAAUAUUGAUUUUAACACUUAAUUAAUUAACCAUAUGUACUUACCAAAACUAAUUUAGACGAUUUUGACCCAAAUUUUUACAAACUUUUAGACAAAUAAUUUUUAAUUAAUUUUGACUGAUUAGUUUAUAUUAUUUUUAGGUUUUUAAACAUAAACUUUCUAUAGUCUUGAACUUAAAUUUUUUUUGAAAUUUAUUUUUCAUUAUUUAUACUACUUAUAUUAUAUAUUUCUAUUGUUCGAUAUGUUGAUGCGUAAGUGAUGUACGAUGUGGUGCAGGUGAAUGGACAAUGCGCAAAUUUUAACAGCAGUGUUAAUAUAUUAUUAUUUCUUUUCAAUGUAUAUUACUGAUCUUUAUUAAGUAUGUUAAGUUCAAAUUAUUUGUUUAUUAAAAACUCUCGAAAUACAGUCCUAUCAGAAGCAUAUACCUUAUGGCUUAUAUUGAAUGUAUUUUUUUUUUUUUUUAGGAAAAACGAUUAAAGGAGAAAAUUAUCCAACGUAUUUAAUGAGAAUACAUUUAAAUGGUAAAUGAUUAUUUUCAAACAUACAAUAUAUACAUUUAUAUAUUCCUGCAUUAGAAACUAACGUUAUGACAUUAAUUUAUAUAAAUUAUGAACAGUUUAUAUAUAACUAAUACAAUGUAUAAAAAGUGCUUUUUCCCGUCUGAUAAAAAAAAAUAAUUUUACAUGUUCGGUAUACUUGUUUUAUAAUAUUAUUCUAAGAUUUUCCGCAAUUAAAUUUUGAAUUCAUCAAUAACUAGUGGCGGAUCAGGGGGAAGGAGAUACACAUUUUUUAAUAAUUUUAUUUUACCAACAUUAAUUUUAAAAUAAAAAAUAUUUAUACUUCCAAUUUUGACUAAUUUGAGAUAUCAAAUAUUAAAUAUUUAUUUUCAUACUUCAAAAUAAACAUAAUUUUUUUUAUUGUAACAGCAUAGCUGUAGAUAAUUAAUAAUAAAAAUUCAAAUUAAACUAAAAAAAAUAUUAAAAGAACUAAAGUUUUAAUAAUAUAAUACUAUAUUACAAUAUAUAGUUAUUAUGAUACAGUAAAUUUUAAAUGUUUAAGAAUAAUAAAUGUAUAUUAUAAAUGUUAACAUUAAAUAUUAUACAAAUUAAAUAAAUAACAAAUGCAUAAAGGUAAUUAAAUUGUAAAUAUAGAACUCGAUUAAUGACAUCCAUAAUCAAUGAUAACAGCGAGCCAAUACAAAAUGUUUAACCAAAUAGCUACUCUUACUAUCUGCUAUGUUUAUGCUAUAUUUCUAUUACAACAAAUAAGCGUGAUUUUUUUCAAAAAUAUAGUGUAAAAAUCAACCGAGAGCAGGCUCGAAGGUUUUUUAUUUUAUUAUUUAUUUAUUUGUUUGUAUCACACGGUUAUACGGUUACUGGGCCUCACUGAGAAUAAUUAUGUGUUAUGUGGAUCAUUGAUAAAUAAAAAUUGUUCAUUGCGGUCAGUUUUAAAAAUCUAAAUUGUUUAAUCUUUUGCAAUUCUUCUAUUUCGUUUGGUAAUUGUGGUACCAUAUUUUAAGGGCGUUAUAAAUAUUUCAUUGAACUAGUGACAUAUUAUUGUUAGUAAUGGUUUUUAAAUUAAAUACAAUUUCAAAAAUUUCUGUUCGUAAUAUCUUAAUUAGUUUAUUAUAUAGAUUUUUCAUAGCUUUUCUCUUACAUACAUUUGAAUAAAUUUUUCUGUCUAUAUUUGGUUGAUCAUGCCCGUUAUGUUCAUUUACAAUUUCAACUAUUUCUACCAUAUUUUCCACAAAUGUAUACACUUUAGAAGUGAAAUUUCUGUUAGUAGGACGCCAUCGUAUUGAAGAAUUUUUAGAUUCAUAAACUUUUCGAAAUGUAAAAUUUUCAAAUAAUAACAAAUCUUUAUCUCUGGUAUAUUUUAUAAUUUUACUAAUAUAUUUAUCCAUUACUUAUACUUUUAUAUGUGAAAUAUGAAUGCACAUACGAUUAAUAUCGGACUAACUGUAAAUAUCAUGAUAUUUGUGCACAAUACUACUGUUCAAUAUUUUGACAAUAAAUUUAUAAUUUUCAUUAAACUCAGAUUAGUAAUCAAUUUCGUCUUUACUUAUUUUUAGUAGAACACAGCAGUAUUAUAUUUUAUCAAUACGAUAUCAGUAAAUUAUUAUCAGCUAAUAAAUUCCAACAAUUAAAAUUGAAAGUGUGGGCGUGUGGCGUGUGGUUUUCUGUCCUUGCGCAAAUUACCAAAAUUGAUUUCUAGAUAUGACACAAAAUACAUAUUAUAUUUAUAUAUUUUGACACAAAUUACAUACACACUUAAAUGUAUUGUUUAUAAUGUACGUGGCGCAAAUUACAAGUAAUAAAAUUGGCGCAAAAUACCAUCUCCCACUGUGAACGAUGGUCGACGAAUAACAAUAUCCGAUAACGCAGUUUAUUGUACAUUAUAAUAAAACUGAUAUAAAACUUAUUUUUAAUCUGUUUACACGAUAAUAUACACAAAAAAAUAAUAAUUAAUAUACGUAACUAUUUAAUGUUUUUUCGAAGACUAAAAUCUAACUAAACAAAAUUUUAAAAGCAAUCGAAAACUAUAAAAAUAAUGCUAACCUAACUAUGUAAAAUUAACUAUCAUGUAAACGUUGUUUUGAUAAAAAUCUAUAUUUAUUUAGUAUUUAGUAUAUAAUUAGAUAAAAAAUAAAGUAACAUAAAAUAACUUAUAAAUAAGUAAAAUAAAAAUAAUUUUCACGUAAUAUACGCAGGUAAAUUGGUCUGUACCCAAAACAAUUACCUUUUUUGGCGCAAAUGUGCGAUGCUCCUUAUUAUAAUGCUUAUUGGUAUUUUCUAUGAUAUUUAAUAUUAAUGAUUAAAUAAUAUUAUAAUUGUUAGAUACUUAUUUAUUUUAUUAUAUAAUACAGAGUAGGUGUUUAUAUUAUAGGAUAUGUACCGCUAAAGAAGGAUUUGUGGACGAAAGAAUAUAAUGAAUUAUAUCCAGACAAGUAAAUAUUUUGCAAUCAAUUAUUAGGGAGAUAAUAUAUAGCCACACAAGUAACGAAGAUAUCUGAAUUAAUAUGAUGGUUUUUAUCAACUGUUUAGUUAAGGAGGAUAAGGCGCCAUAUUAUAGUAAACUGUUUUAGAAUAGUAAGUACAAAUUGUAUAUUAUAUCUUUCUACGAUUAUAUCGCGGUGUCUUUUAUUUUAAUUUAUUAUGUACCUACUUAAUUAUAAUUAAUAAUAAUUAAUAGGGCUCAAAUUCAUAUGUAUUAAAAAAAAAUCAAAAUAUGUACGUGAUAAAAAAAUAAAAAAUAACUUUAUAAUUGACAAUGAAAAAUGAAAUUAAAACAGUUGAAUUUAAAUUAUUAUGAAAUUAAACCUAAUUUUUCUUAAUCUUGAUAGACACUAUAUACGUUCAUACUAAAAUUGGCAAAGUGAAAUCCUUUACGGAUUGGUCGUAGAACAGAUUUGUAUCAACUAAAGAAACGCUCGACUUCAAUCGAUGUAAUUGGUGCAAAUUUAAUAUUUGCAAAUCUGUAAUGAAUAAAAGAGUGAACUUAGUCUACAAUAUUAUCGCAUUUAUUCAAAAAUUGUUUACGUACUUUUGUAAACAUAGAAAAUUGUUUAUUAGGUUACGAUAAGUUUACACAAGUUUAGCAGCAGUGGGGAAAUAUUGUGAAAACAGAGCCCUCACUGCUGUUGGUGCAAACAGAAAAAAAAAGUUUACACAAUUAAGAAAUCCAAUCGUAUAUUAACAAAUUGUCUAAAUAUGUAGAAAAACGGAAUUAUUGAAAAAUAUGUAAACGCUUCACUUAUGUAUUUAUAUAGCCACCCGUUGUAAAAACCCUUUCACUACGGUUUAUGCAUUAAUGAGUUAACGGCAAACGAUUGAUAAGCCGUUCACUCGUUUAUAUUAAAAUCUGAUAAUUUGAAAAAAAAAAUGAUAACAGCUAAUUAAUUGUAGUUUCUUUACUUUAAUUUAUAUUAUACACAACGUUAUUUUGUUAUGACACAGAUUUAGUUUAAUUAAAGCCAAGAAAGGUUUAUAAAUAAGUAGGCUAUAGGCACAAUCUAAAUUUGUAAUCGUUUUGUUUAAUUUCAGCACUUAAUUCAGACUCAAUAUUUGGAAAUUCUCCAAGGAUCAAGACUCAAGAGAUUUUAGUGUCAUAACCUGAACUAUUAUUAAAAAAAAUAAAAAUAUAAUAUAAUAUGUAACCGCCGCUGGGUUACUUAUUUUUUUAUGUUACCUAUUGUUAUUGUAUUUUAGCUCAUAUUUUUGUUGUAAAUAAACUUUUGCGGAUUGUAUAUUUAAUAAUAAAAGAUAAAAAAAA